UCACCGCCGCCUCUCCCACAGCUCACCGGCGGCAUUGGCUUCAUUCACCACAACUGCACCCCCGAGUUCCAGGCCAACGAAGUGCGCAAAGUCAAGAAAUACGAGCAGGGCUUCAUCACCGACCCCGUGGUGCUGAGCCCCAGGGACCGGGUGCGAGAUGUUUUCCAAGCCAAGGCGCGGCACGGAUUCUGCGGCAUCCCUAUCACGGACAAUGGGAAGAUGGGCAGCAAGCUGGUGGGCAUCAUCUCCUCGCGGGACAUUGACUUCCUGAAGGAGCUGGAGCAUGACCUGCCCCUCAGCGAGAUCAUGACAAAACGGGAGGAUCUCGUCGUGGCCCCUGCAGGGGUCACGUUGAAAGAAGCAAAUGAAAUUCUACAGAGGAGUAAAAAAGGCAAGCUGCCCAUCGUUAACGAGGAUGACGAGCUGGUGGCCAUCAUUGCCCGCACAGACCUCAAGAAGAACCGUGACUAUCCACUGGCCUCAAAGGAUGCCAAGAAGCAGCUACUGUGUGGGGCGGCCAUCGGCACCCACGAGGAUGACAAAUACCGCCUCGACCUCCUGGUGCAGGCCGGCGUGGACGUCGUCGUGCUGGAUUCCUCUCAGGGGAACUCCAUCUUCCAAAUCAACAUGAUCAAGUACAUCAAGGAGAAGUACCUCAGCCUGCAGGUCAUUGGUGGCAAUGUGGUGACGGCAGCCCAGGCAAAGAACCUGAUCGACGCUGGAGUGGAUGCGCUGAGGGUUGGGAUGGGCAGCGGCUCCAUCUGCAUCACACAGGAAGCUGCUCCAAAGAUCCCUCCAGACCUAAAGUCCCACAGCCCCAAAUGCCCUUCUACUGUCACGGGCACCUAUAUGCUGGCGUGUGGCAGGCCCCAGGCCACAGCUGUGUACAAGGUGUCCGAGUACGCACGGCGGUUUGGGGUGCCUGUGAUCGCGGAUGGAGGGAUCCAGACAGUGGGCCACAUCGCCAAGGCUCUUGCACUUGGUGCCUCCACAGUGAUGAUGGGCUCCCUCCUGGCUGCCACCACGGAGGCCCCUGGCGAGUACUUCUUCUCAGAUGGGAUCCGGCUAAAGAAAUACCGAGGGAUGGGGUCGCUGGAUGCCAUGGACAAGAACCUAGGCAGCCAGAACCGGUACUUCAGCGAAGCAGACAAGAUCAAAGUGGCACAGGGGGUCUCGGGCGCGGUGCAGGACAAAGGCUCCAUCCACAAGUUCAUUCCGUACCUGAUUGCUGGUAUCCAGCACUCCUGCCAGGACAUCGGUGCCAAGAGCCUCACCCAAGUCAGGGCCAUGAUGUACUCGGGGGAGCUGAAGUUCGAGCGCAGGACAGCAUCGGCGCAGGUGGAAGGCGGGGUGCACGGCCUGCACUCGUACGAGAAGCGGCUGUUCUGAGUGCCCUGCCCGCCCCGCUGCUCGCUGAAGUGCCCUUGCCCGCGACACCUGGACCGGACAGGACCGGCUGGGUGUGGGGGGAACGCGCAUGUGCGGCACUGCCAAUAAACGGGGAAGGGCGUGGCC